UAAUGCGACAUGCUUUUGGAUUGUCAGAGAUCAGUUGUGUCCUGAGUUCCAGCGGUGGAGAACAUCUCGAUCGAGACUUGACGAUUUAAUUAAUUAGCUUUUUUUUAUCUGUCUCGUGAUGGGUUUGGAGGAUUACAAGGAAAUUGUCGGGAACUCGGCGGCGAUAUGCACGAUGGCACAAAUGUUAUCUGGAAUAUUGAUCUGUCGAGAUAUUCAUCGCAAGGGCACAGCUGAUGGGUUUGAUCCAAUGCCAUUCGUCGGAGGAAUUGGAAUGGGACUGCUGAUGCUACAGUACGCGUUCAUUGUUAAUGAUCCUGCUAUGAUCAGUGUCAAUGUCUUUGGGUUGACCACUAGUAUAUUAUACGUCCUGGUUUUUUAUUUUUAUUCCCCGAAGAAGAAUGAACUUGUGAUGACGAUAGCGAAAACUUUAGGAAUCGCAGGAAUUUUUUUGGCGUACGCACAAAUUGAGGAGCCAGUGACACUCGAGUUUAGAUGGGGAAUUUUAACGACUGCUUUAUUAUUUUUACUGAUUGCAGCACCUCUGGCUAAUCUCGGGGAGGUGAUAAGGACCAAGAGCACGGAGAUCCUCCCAUUCCCUCUGAUAGCAAUGGGCACCCUAGUGUCAUCUCAGUGGUUGUUGUAUGGGAUAAUCCUCGAUAAUUCUUUUAUUAUUAUUCAAAAUGUCGUGGGAUUGGGACUUUAUAUCAUUCAGCUCUCCCUCUUCGCGAUAUUCCCAUCGAAACCUGAGGCUAAGCUCGAGAAGAAGGCGAAAUAAAUCCCAGAAAUGUUAUCUCUACAAUCACAAUCUUUGAAUUUUAAAUCUCCUAAAAUACCCAUCGAGCAGGUCUCAAGCUAUUCCAAUUUUUUAAUUGCCAGAAGGAAAUAUUUGUAUCGCAUAUGUAAAUAAACAUUUUUUUUUUGGUAUAA